GAGUAAAAAAAAUAAAAAUAAAUAUAUUUGUGUGUUUUAAAAAUUCAGCAAUACGAAACAGGAUACAGGAAUAGAAAGGGAGCCAAAACCAAGUUACGUCAACGGUUCGAAACUUAAGCUUGAUUUGCAAAUAACGCCGUAAUUAGAAGUGUACUUAACAUCAUUUUUUGUGGGCAUUUAAAGCUUUUUUCAACCUAAAAAUAUAUUUGUGUGCUUCAAAAUUUCAGGCGAAGAAACAGGUAUGUAUAUUGAAGAGUGAGGACCAUUGGUUGAGGGAGCAAUAAGUAAGAAGUCUUAACUUGCGAUAAUUCCUUUUCAACUGCACAUAAGCUCCAUUUUGAAAACCAAAACUUUUAAUAAAUAUCAAGCAAUACAAGUAUGAGCGACUACGGUGCACCCAUUGUGAUCGACAACGGUUCCGGUAUGUGCAAGGCCGGAUUUGCUGGCGAAAAUACUCCACGUUCUAGUUUUCCUGCCGUAGUUGGAAGGCCGCGUCCUCAAGCGCGUCCAUUGCUGCUGCCACCGAGCAGCAUGACUUUGGCCCACAAAGACAUUUAUGUGGGUAGCGAGGCCCAAGGUCGUCGGGGCAUUCUCACGCUCAAGCAUCCCAUUGAGCAUGGGAUUGUAAGCAAUUGGGAUGAUAUGGUAGAAAUCUGGAGCGAUUGUUUUCAACAACAGUUGGGUGUUGCACCUGCCGACCAUCCCGUGCUCCUCACUGAAGCUCCUCAAAAUCCACGCGCCCAUCGCGAAAAGAUGCUCGAAGUAAUGUUCGAGCAGUUUCAGACGCCAGCCUUGUAUGUUGCUAUUCAGGCUGUGCUGGCACUAUAUGCCUCCGGUCGUACCACUGGCCUGGUACUAGACAUGGGCGACGGAGUGUCGCACGCUGUGCCCAUCUACGAGGGCUACGCCUUGCCCCAUGCCAUCCAGCGUUUCAAGGUUGCCGGCUGCGACCUUACGGAGUACAUGCAGAAGCUAUUGGGCGAGGCUGGCUAUCCGUUUACCACAUCGGCGGAGCGCGAGAUUGUGCGAGACAUUAAGGAACGACACGGCUACGUCGCUCAGAGCUUUAUAAAGGAGCUACAGAAAGCCUCUCUGGCUAAAGAGAGUCUGGCGCGGGAGUACAUGCUGCCGGAUGGGCGCAUCGUGAAGCUGGAGAGCGAGCGUUUCCGUUGUGCCGAGCCCCUGUUCCAGCCCACCAUGCUCGGCUUCGAAGAGGGGGGCGUGUCUAGUUGUGUGCAGACCGCGAUACUUAAGUGUGAUGUGGACAUACGAAAAGAGUUGUAUAACAAUCUGGUACUGGCCGGUGGGACCACCUUGUUUCCGGGCAUGACUGAGCGCAUGCGCAAGGAGAUGAGCGACAUGGUGCCGGUCAGUAUCCGCUUAAAAAUCCUAGUACCACCCGAGCGUCAGAAUGCCGUUUGGUUAGGUGGUUCCAUACUCGCUUCCUUGACUUCGUUCGAGCAGAUGUGGGUGGCGAUGUCCGAGUACGAAGAAUUUGGCCCCACUAUUGUGCACCGGAAGUGCUUCUAAGACGAAAGGAAGAAGGCAACAAACAACAGCAGUGCGAGAGAAUGUGUGUAAGAGAAACAAACUGUAGCUGUCUGUGCGUUCGUGUGCCGAUCCUGUGAAUAGUAUCCUAAUUAUUUCGUAAAUACCAUUUUGGCGUGAUUCUUUCAAUAAAAUAUAUGUGGCUGUA